AUGGCAAGGGAAGGAGCUGCCGCCGGGCCGCUUUACAAGCCACACGCACUGGCGGCAGUGUCUAACAGGAAUGAAUGCAUCACAGACCCAAAUGGCUACACCCUGACAGGGCGGAUCUACCGGAUUGGCACCGGGCUGCACAACCCGGGGAACACCUGCUUCCUCAACUCCAUGGUGCAGUGUCUCACCUACAUGCCACCGCUCGCCACCUACCUGCCCUCCAAGGAGCACAGCUGCACCUGUUACCAAGAAGGCUUUUUCUUGAUGUGCAUUAUGCAGGACCACAAAAUCCAGGCUUUUUCCAACAGCGGCAACACGAUAAAGCCAGUGUCCUUCAUCCAAGACCUCAAGAAGAUUGCCCAGCACAUUCGCUUUGACAGCCAGGAGCAUGCGCACGAGUUCCUGCGUUUCACCAUUGAUGCCAUGCAGAAGGCCUGCCUGAUUGGUUGUGCCAAGUUAGAUCGCCAGACCCAGGCCACAACACUGGUUCACCAAAUCUUUGGCGGUUACCUGCCUUGGUGAGGUGUGCUCAUUGCUCUUUCUUCUGCAGUGAAGUGCUCGGUGUGCAAGAGCGUCUCGGACACCUACAAGCCUUACCUGGACCUGGCGCUGGAGAUCAGGCAAGCCACAAACAUAGUGCAGACGCUGGAGCUGUUUGUGAAGUCAGACAUGCUGGGCAGGGAGAAUGCCUACGUGUGUGCCAAAUGCAAGAAGAAAGUGCUGGCCAGCAAACGCUUCACCAUCCAUCGAGCCUCCAAUGUUCUCACUCUUGCUGAAGACAUGGGGUACCCCAAGUUCUUGAACAUGCACCCUUACAUGUCUCAGAACAAUGGGGAUCCUGUCAUGUACAGACUCCAUGCAGUGCUGAUGCACUCUGAGUACAGCUGCCACGCAGGGCACUACUACUGCUACAUGAAGGCCAGCAAUGGGCAGUGGUAUCAAAUGAACAAUGACCUGGUCCGCCCCAGCAACAUCAAAGUGGUCCUCAACCAGCAGGCCCACGUGCUGUUCUACCUGAGAAUCCCCAGCCCCAGGAAGAGCUUGGAGGGGCCUGUUGCCAAAGCUGCCUCCAGCCUGCCUGACUGCACUGGUAGCGUCUCCGAUCAGGCCAAGAAAACUGUGACCAAGGGGCCCCUGUCUUCACUGCUGAUGGGCCGGAGACCAGACGUGCUGCCGGGGAAGAAGCUGCCGGGGCCGGAGGAGCUGCCUCCCGCACUCAGAGCAGUUCAGGGCUUCUGCGACACCAGCAACGCAAGCGAGGCCAAGGUGGAGCUGGCGCGGCAGAGCUCCUGGAAGAACAAGCAGCCACCUACCUCAUCCAAGCUGCUGCUGGAGCCCAGACCCAGCCAGGAGCCUGGGGGCAGUGAGGAGAACGCCAGGACGCUGGAGAGGGACUCCUGCGGCAGCAGUGCUGCCAGCCCAGCGCAUGGCGCAGUGGGGAAGCUGGCCAAAGCAUCCCAGAAGACCAAGAGAGGAACCAGCAGCUUCUGCACCUCUCAGGAAAUGGACAGUGGCACAGACCUCCCUGCUGGCCCCAGCGCCAAGCUGGCUGCCCCCAAAGACCCCAAGCUGGCAAAUUGA